AUGUCUUGUAUCAAUGCCUCACCAACUCGAUUUGAAGAAGACCGUGUUGGAUAUUGGAAGAUGAAGGAAUUACAAGAACAGGAAGGACAGGAACUACAGCAACAGGUCAAGCGACAACCUGUCAGGGCAUUGCGCCGAACUGGACAUAUAAAUGGUCUGGCCAAAGACUUGCAGAAUCGAGAGCCAGAGCGGGAACAAGACUAUUGGCCACUAGGCAAGGAAGCCUUGGAUGGAACAGAUGUACAAGCUAAAGGUGGCAGUGAUGGAGGGCGAGUCACGCCAAUCGACAGAGUGAAAGAUUGUGCUUCGGAGGGUGGUAAUACCGAGCACUCUCCACAGAGCUUUAAGCAGAGAGUGUUGAGAGAGAGGCAUUUCAGUUACGUCAGGGGGUCUUGA